AUGGGUGCCAGUCGGGACGGACUGGACACGUUGCUGAGGGCGUGGUUACCGGUACUCAGGUGGCGGGCGCGUGGUCUGGAGUAUUUCAAAGACACAGUGCUAUCAGACACUGUAACAUACGAUGUGUUUGGUCUCACAGAAACAAGACUUGACGCAGGUAUUUCUGCAUUGUAUACUUUGCCAGCAUACGAAAUGUUCACUAAUGACAGGAACAGGUAUGGUGGCGGUGUGGCCGUUUAUGUCUCCAAUAAGUAUACAGGUCACAAGCGGGAGCUGCGACGAAAGGCCAAGUGCGUAGUGAGCAUGAAAGGAAAUAUCACCACGGUCACCAACCCUGAUGACUCGGCCGAUGUCAAGUCCUUCACCUACGACUACUCUUACUGGAGCUUUGACGGCUGCAAGGAGGAGCCAAAUGGCUACUUUGCCAAGCAGUCACCCAACUCCAAGUAUGCUGAUCAGAACACGGUGUACAAUGAUCUGGGAGGUGGAGUCUUAGCAAACGCCUGGGCUUGUUAUAACUCCACACUGUUCGCUUAUGGGCAGACAGGCUCGGGAAAAUCUUGGUCUGUCAUUGGAUAUGGAUCCAAUAAAGAUUUAUUUAAUGGCAUCACACAAAACACAGAGGAGAAGGAGUUUGAAGUGAGGUUCAGCAUGUUGGAGAUCUACAAUGAGGUAGUUCAUGACCUGCUCAACCCCACCAAGAGCAAGAAAGGCCUCAAGGUCCGCCAACACCCGAAGAAAGGCUUCUAUGCUGAAGGCCUCAAGCUGGCUCUGGUCACCAACUACAACGAAAUUGAGCAGAAGAUGAACGAGGGCACCGUCAACCGCACCAUCGCCUUCACCAACAUGAACGCCACCUCAUCCCGCGCCCACACCAUCGUUGGCAUCACCGUCAUACAGAAAUUCAAAACAAUGCUGGACAAGAAACAGCAAAGCAGGCCGUUGUGA